AUGGCAACUCUUCCUAAACAAUUUAGAAAUCUUUUAAAAUAAAUCGAUUUAUUUAGUAUACCAGUCCCAGUUUUAACUGAUGAUGCUAAAUCUAAGUAUUCAAGUCCAAGUAGUGGGAUUAUUUCAAUUUUUGCUUCAGUAUUAAGUUUGGCUUACUUUGCAUAUGUCUUAUCCGAGUGGGCUAGUGGAAACAUUCUUCCUACCAUCACAAGUAAUUAAUCGGCAUAGGCUUAUUCUGAGCAAGAAUUGGAAGAUAACUUCAUUUAGUUCAAAUUAGCAGAUCCAGCCAAUUCGGAUCCUUUUCAAAGGAACAACAAUAUUAUAACUCCUUUAUUAUUUGUUGUUGAAAACUAUGAGAUUGCUAGUCCUCCAUUACCCUUAUUCAGUGAUGAUGAAAAUCCUUUCACAGUAGGAUUAAAUAAAGGGACUUUGGUUGUCAAUAACUUAAAUUAGGACCUUGAUGAUCAAUCAUUUAAACCAUAAAGAAAUUAUUUGUUGAUAUUCAUUCAAUGCUUAGACCAUUACUUAGAAGAGAAUAGCAGUUGUGCAAGUUAAGAAGUGAUUGAUUAAUACAUGAAAGAGUAUCAUGGAUUUCUCUCAAUCAUGAUGAAAUUGGAGUAAUAUAACUAUAGAGAAGAUCAAAUAGAAUAUAUAACUAAGUAAGCAUAUCAAGCACUCUCUCCAACCUAUAUUCAAUACACUUAGAUAGCAAUUUAAUAAAAAGCGAUUAAUCUUGAUAAUGGAUUAUUAUUUUAAAAUUAGGUUACUUUUAAGUUAAUCAAUGAUUUCUAUUUAAUUAAUUAAUCAGUCGAUAAUCAGUAUUUAUAAAAUAUAGUCUCAUCAUUUUCGAAUUAAAAUAUUAAGUUAAAUGCCAUUAUGGCUUAUUAGAUAAGGAUUGAUAAUUUAUAGAUUUCAGAUAGGAUUAUUAUGCCCAAACUGAGUGCGGUUCUGGCUUAUAUAGGUUCUAUCGUGUAGGUGAUAUUUAUGUUGAAGUACCUAGCAAUCUUCAUAAACAAUCAUAAUUUAAAGGUAGAGAUGCAAACUGAAAUUCUGCAGAUCUACUAUCCAAAUUUAAAAAACAUAAUUAUCAAAAGAAACUAUUUCGGCAAGAUAAUUCCAAUCAAUGAUAACAAUCAACAAGAAAACUACAACGAAACUUUUAUUAAACAAUAUGAAGAACAUCUCGAUAUUGCAUUCAAAAAACUACGGCUAAUAAACAUUAUUUAUGAACUAUCCAGGAUAGAACUUCUAUUGGAAAAACAUUUUGGUCUUGAGAAUGUAAAUGAAUGCAAUUAGAUGGGAUCUACUUUUUAAAUGAUUAGCAAUGAUAAAAAAAAUGAAUCUGCAAGAGUUUCUAUGUUGUCGGCAGGAAAUUCAGGUCCUCAACCUACAGAUGAUAUCUUUAAACUAUUUAAUAAGUCUUGA